AUGCGGUACGGAGUAUCAGCUGCGGGUGAUGCGUGCAUGCAGUCUGGUGCGGCUGCGACUAAGUUUAUCGAUUGUGUAUGCCUGACCCAGCAUCCGGAGAUGGCCUUUGUAACAACCCCGAUGCUCUAG